AUGAAGUUAUUGAUUAUUUUGACGCUGUGCGCCCUCGCGGCUGCGAAACCAUGGGAGCUUUCAGUCCUAAAUGACGCUCCAACCAAAGCCCAAAAACUCGAACCCGCUGCACCAGAGGAACCUCCUCAGCCUGAACCCCCAGCACCAGAAGAACCUGCACAGCCUGAACCCCCAGCACCAGAGGAACCUCCACAGCCUGAACCUCCAGCACCAGAGGAACCUGCACUGCCUGAACCCCCAGCACCAGAAGAACCUGCACAGCCUGAACCUCCAGCACCAGAGGAACCUGCACAGCCUGAACCUCCAGCACCAGAGGAACCUGCACAGCCUGAACCCCCAGCACCAGAGGAACCUGCACAGCCUGAACCUCCAGCACCAGAGGAACCUCCACAGCCUGAACCCCCAGCACCCGAGGAACCUCCACAGCCAGAACCACCAGCACCAGAGGAACCUGCACAGCCUGAACCACCAAAACCUGAAGAGCCUCCAAAACCUGAACCCCCAGCACCUGAAGAGCCCCCACAGCUUGAGCCCCUCCACACUCCACAACUGCCACAGACCGUAGAAGAGCUGGUUGCAGAACUCUUGAAGUUCAUUUACAAUGUAGUGGAGAAUGGCUGGCCAAUUUUCAAUCUUCCUCCUCUUGAGCCUUUGGUCCUAGAAUACUUCGAACUACCUAUUAAUGCUGGAAUUAUUAACGUCGAACUCAAGCUGAAAGAUGCUGUUGCCUUUGGUUUUGGAAACCUGAUUGUACACAAAAUCGAUCUCAACGUCGAUGACCUUACUUUGGAUAUCGAUAUUGGCCUACCCACACUUGAUAUUACUGCUGAAAACUACGAUUUGGUUGGAGAUUUCUUUGGUGCUCUUCCUCUUUUCGGAAACGGCAGAGCCGAAUUCGAAGUUGAAGGAUUCCGCUUCCGUGCCAAACUGUUUUUGGAGCAACACGAGAACAAAAAAUCAGUAGUCAUUAAUAGAGUUGAAAAUGCAGACUUUACUAUUCCACACCUAAAAUCCAACCUCUCUGGAGUUAUCGGCGGUGGCAGCAUCGACGCUGUUAUCAACAAGCUGAUUGAGGAAGUUAUCAUUGGAUACGUCAACAGGUUCCAUGGCGCUAUUUCUAUUGUUACUUCAAACAUUUCAACUACUCUAGGAAACGAAUACUUGAAAGAGCUCGAUACCUGGAAAUAUAUUGAAGCCGUACGUUCUUAA